AUAGCAAUCCUAGUUUAUCCAAGUAAACCUUGCAUCACCUUCCAAUUACGCUUUGUUAUGAAAAGACGGAAACUGAAACGUUGUAGAGAAUCGAAAUUCCUGCUCCGUUGCCAGCUGGAGUUGUCGGUGAAAACCACGUCGCUAAUCUGCCCAGCUCCGUCCUUCAGCACAACGCUGAGCUCUCCGGCCACCAGUGGCCUCCUCCCUUCCCGUUCUCUGACAACACUGUCGUUGAAAUCCUUCGCGCACCAAUCUUCGACAGAGCCAAAAUCGCCGUCCAGGACAACGAUUUCAAUCUUGAGGGAAGACACCGGACCCGACGUGACGAUUGUAUUGGACGCGGCAUCGAGGAGCACGAUCCAGAUCCGAGCAGAAACUCCGACAUGCUCGGCGGCAGCGGCCUCAAUCCAGAACCGACGCCGUCGUCGUAAUACAACUCGAAUCCACAGCCUCCGCCUCCUCCGCUCUCGCCGCCGUUGCCGGUACUGGCGAUUUAUUCCCACUCUGGCUCCCACUGUCCGUUCAGCCGCGGAGCACGAUGACGGCGGCUAGCAAUUGUUGUUGGAGAAUGGAGAGGGAGAGAACACGUGAGUUGAGAGAGUAAAUUAAUUUAAUUUUU